CAGACCGACUGGUUCACUCGCUCCUUCUCAAAGAUGUGUUUUUCCUACUUCUGCUACGAAUAAUUAUAUGCGAGUGUGUGAUAAUUUUCAGUGAAGAUAAUAUACCAGUUUCGCUUCAACAAUGCAGGCCACGAAGAUUUUGUUAUUCGUAGCUGCCAACUGCCUUUUCAUCAGUGCUGCAAAAUCCAACGAAAAUGUCACGACGAACAAGUACAGCAGCGACGAGCGACUCUUCGUGUUUAGUCCAUGGAACGGUUUUUUCUACGUCACCGAACACUCGGCUGAUCACCCGGUGAGAAUCGUGACGUUACCGAAAACCAAAGUAGCCAAUCUAGACUAUCACGCGCCCUCGAAGACACUGUUCUUCACUAGCCCAAGAUUUGGCUAUUGGACAAAAAAUGCCAAGCUGUACUCGGUACCUUGGGAUUCGGACUUUAUCUGCCAGAAUAAAUCCGAAGGAACUAGACAGUCCAGGAAAGCUAUCUUGAAACCGUUCAAUUGUUCUGUUGAUAACGAGGGCCAUUUGACAAUGUACAAGGAUGUAAGAGGAGAAAUCAAAGAGCUGCACGAGGAGGAGAAUUGGAAUCCCCGGUCUCUAGCUGUCGAUUACGUUGCAAAUAAACUUUACAUCGUAGAUACUUCCAAUCGAGCAAUUAACGUUUUCGAUUUGGACGGUCAAAAUAAGGCUACAGUCUUUCACAACGAGUCUCUUAUACCAUUCGAAGUAGCGGUCGAUUCUCCUAGAGGUCUGAUGUUCAUUUUGGCUGCUAAUGUAGAGCUUGAAGCAAUGCAGAUCUACCGCGCAAACAUGGAUGGGACAUCACGGCAGCUCAUCGUUAGUAAAGUAGAAUCCCUAGGAAACUUUACUGUACGUGAAAAAUUCGGAUUUGCCAUUAGUCCCCUGAAGAAGAGAAUAUUUUUCGCCAAUUUCAAUAAUGCGAUGGUCGAAAGCGUCGAUUACGAUGGAAAUGGAAGAGCGAAGGUUGCCGAAGCCAAGGCACCGCUAACCAUAACUGUAUACAACGAGACACUUUACUGGUCGGAUGCCAACACAUCUGCAUCGAAACUUUACAUGUGUAUCAAUAAAGAGUGCAACAUCUGGACCUGUCAACUCAACGGCACAACCGGCACUUGCUUGAACGACAGCAUAAAAUUGUUCGAGGAAGGGAAGGAGUUACUGUCGUCGCAUGGACUUAAAUCCGUAGAGACACGCCCGCAAUCUAUUCAAAAUCCCUGCGCAGCCGAUAAUGGAGGCUGUCAACAUCAGUGUUUGAUUAAACAGUCGAAUGACGAGAGCCAAUCGAACCACGGCUGCGCUUGUAAGGAAGGCUACUUUUUAACGGAGAACUUCAAGGAUUGCAUAAAAUUGGAGGUACAAGAAGUAUACGAAGAAUUCUAUAUCCCAGAAUAUAUGAACUUCUCAUCUCUGACGAAGCUAGCGAACAACAGUGUAUUUCCCGUGUCGAAAAAUCUGUUGAACCAAUUGAAAUAUGAAACCGCUUAUCGUAUCUUGUACCAGUCACCUUUUCGCUUUUUAGAAAUAAGCCACGACAGAGAGGACAUUUUCGAGGACAGUCACUUCCCAGAGGAUACACUGACAUCAAAUCCUAAUCUGUCGUUCAUGUUUAGUCUAUUGGGUUUAGGUGACGUGAGAUCGUACAACUGUCAUACGCGACGCGAGCACGAUUCCCCUGCGCUGAGAUCCAACGAGAAUGGAUUCGCCGGAACGUUAGCUUUCGACUGGGUGACCAAAAAUCUGUACUAUGCCAAGCUAUCGAACAACAGCGACGAUCUGGCUGAACUUACGGUAUUGAAGUUAGACAGGCCUGAAAGACUUUGCUUCAAUAAUUCUGAUGAAAUCCAAAAAUACGUCAGCCCAGAUGAUGUAUACCUGGCCGAAAUUCCUGAACCAGUGCACAUGGUGGUACAUCCAUACAGAGGCUACGUCUACGCGUCCCUUAAAAAUGGUUCAGUAAUCAGAUUGAACACAGACGGCUCGAACAAAAUCAUUCUCGGGAAUAUAAAUGAUUCCGUUCUGUUGGCGACCGAUCUCACGGACGAUAAACUCUUCUGGCUGGACUCGCACCAGUACGUCAACUUUGCCAACCUGGAUGGAACCAGUCCUAAGCGGUUGUUCAAGAGUCCUGCGAACAAAGUGGUAACCCUUCGAAUCUUCGGUGAUUGGGUUUACGUCAAAGACAUGUUUGACCUCGUUAACGCGGAUGAAAUAAAGAUAUGGCGAUUCGACAAGCUCACUGGGCAAGAAUCAGGAAAUCUCGAUUUAUCUCGUGAUUCGCAACUUUGGCACGACAGUGUGGGCAUCAAAGUCUCGGCAAAGGACGCGAGGAAGGUAGACGUUGAAUCCCACCCAUGUGUAAGCACUGAUGAACCCUGUGAAUCCUUCUGCUUCGCAGUACCGAGGCAAGAUGCAGCCAUGAGUCAGUUGAAAAGAGUCUGUGCAUGUGGUACAGAUCAGAAGCUUCAGGAGAAUGGUUCUAGCUGCCAUAAAAUGUAGUGAAUAUUUUGAUAUUAGUAUUGAAAAUUAAUUACGAUUUAGAAUUUUUUCAUAAUGUCUGUGAUAGAAACUGAUUUUUUGUAAAGCAUUGUAUUAAUAAUAAUAAUAAUAAUAAGAAAACCAAUAAAAGUUCUUACGAAAAUAUUA